AGAACCCCACUUCCUGAGAAGAAGGAUCCACUCACCUUGUGCUCCAACUGCCACUCUCUUAACUGUCACUCAGAACUUGGCCUCUAAGUUCUACUACCUCCCUGGCUGCUUGGAUGGCUGCUGGCUCAGGAGUCAGGAGAGCUUGAGGAGUAGGGCACCAUAGACACCACCUUGGUUACUUGAGCAUCUUUUAGUGACCUUCAGCUUCAUGUGAAGAUUCCUUCCAUAGAAGAGCUCCAGACCUUGUCAUAGAGGGAAAUAGUUCUUUUGCCUUCAAAAUGAAAAUAGACAUGGAGGUCAGUGAUCCAGUCGACUUUAGCUCUGGAGAUCAUCAACAUCUGGUUAAUAAAGCAGCAAUUAAAGGUAAUCCCGGUAGACUGGAUCAGCCCUUCACAACUUCAUCUGGAGACAGUCCACAAGGAGCCAUAAAAUACUCAUAUCCAAGGAGUAGAGAUGGAACAAAUACCUAUGCAGUACAAAUUUCUGAGGAUGUUACCCCCUCAAGUGAGAACAUAAUUCAAUCCAGUCCCUUUGAAACCACAUCCAUUCGUAGAGGUUUCAUUGUGAAAGUGUUUGUGGUUCUGUCCGUUCAACUGUUCAUCACUGCAGCGAUCAUCAGCAUCUUUGUUUUCUGCAAAGCUGUAAGAAAGUGGGUCAUCGCCACGCCCGAGUUCCUGUAUGCACUCUUCCCUGCGAUCCUGAUUGUGAUGAUUAUACUUGCUUGCUGUAGGGAUAUCCGGCGCCAAGUGCCCAUGAACUACAUUCUCCUGACAUUCUUUACAAUUCUGGAAGGCCUGCUGCUAGGAAGCAUUUCAGUCUUCUACAGAGUGGAAGAGAUACUAUGGGCCAUAGGAGCCACCACUGUGGUGACAUUAGUGCUCACUUUGUUUGCGCUACAAACAAAAUGGGAUUUUACCCUGCUAAAUGGAGUGAUGUUUGUUUUCACCACCGUGCUACUGAUCUACGGGAUUAUUUUGCUUGUGGUUCAAUCAUACUGGUUGCAUCUGGUGUACUCAGCACUUGGAACGCUGUUCUUCUCCAUGUACCUGGUGAUGGACGUGCAGAUGAUGGUGGGGGGGCACUACCAUUAUGUGAUAGACCCUGAAGAGUACAUUUUUGCUGCUCUGAACAUCUACGUGGACAUCAUCAACCUUUUCGUUUUCAUUUUGGACCUGAUUGGACGAUAGCUGAUGGCCAAAGCUGGCUAAGGCUCAGAAGAGGAAAGAUGGGACAACACCUGUGGUAUGUCACCAGGCUCAGGCGUGCAGCGGUGACCACUCAUAGGCCCUUUCGAUAGUCAUUUAUUUAUCAAUUUAUCUGUCUAUGUCAAAAGAAACUAAGAAUUCAGUAGAUGGUAGCUGUAGCUGUUAAAAUUUUGUUUCCCUUGUCAUAUGGCAAAACUUUCUUACUCAUAUUGAAACAUUGUGGAUUCCUAUACAUUCAGCAAAGGAGAAUCCUAGUUAUAAGCUGACGUACAUUUAGAAGGUCCCCACUGCUGUGCUGAGGUUUUUCCGGGUACAACUUAAAGCUGUAAGCACCAGCUCUACAAAAAUAAAAGCUGAUUGUAGAAAACCUCCAA